AUGACGUUCCACUCGUUGACUACAACUCCGCGCAACGUCAAAGAUGCCAUUGACUGGUUGGUGGCCCUGAAGGGCACUAAUGCUUUUGGCAAUUUGAAGGCCUUUGGUGCUGCAAUCCACAAGGUGCUUUCAGAGCACCCUGUUGGUUUCAAGGUGUACCCAUCUAUCGAGGAUGGCAAAAUUUUUACUAAGAGGUUCCUGGAGCAGGAGGCGCUUAAGGACCAACCGUUCAUCCAAGAACUGCUAGAACGUUACAACAAACCUUUGGAUAAGCAACCCUCUACGUUUUCUAAAUUGUUUGGCCUUGUCAAGGAAUGCGAUUUCCAAAACGUUGUUCAGGCCAGGCACACCAGUCCUGCAGACAUCACAACGGACGUGCGCAAGCUUGUGGAUGGAUGUGAGAACUUCUUGAAGAAAGUCCAACACAGUGACAAGUACAGGUCUACUUACAGUCCAAAGGCGACAUGGGAUUCGUCAUGCGCGAGCUACCCGGAAGGUUGCGCAAAGGUUUUCGUGGGCAUUGCCCCGAUGCUCUACGCAGGUCUACGUGCCCUGAAAGAGUCUGGUGCGGAUGCAGCCAGCAAGGGACCGAAAUCUAAGGCUGCGGCGCACUUGGAAGAGGUGAUGAGCGCCAUGGGCUACGAAGAGAGUAGACUCCGCCCUAAACUUGGCGCUUCUGAUAUAGUCACUGCCUUGAGGGGUAUUAAUGGACACGCAUUGGACGCCAUCUACGACUUCGCUGGAUUUUGGGCUUUCUACUGA